CAAGGAAUGGCCUUUUCAUUAGGCAACCUUUUUCUAUGAAUUCUCCCUUUUCAAUUUUCAAUGCCUUUUUCGUUUUUUAAUGCUAAUCCACGAAAAGGGUUCUUUCUUUUCCCGACUCCAAUCCCCAAACCCUGACUCCAUCAUCCUUUCUGGAUACUGACAUACCCUGUUGUUCUUCAAUAUCGUGGUGUAUGAUAUUCAAAUUAAUCAGGAGCUUUCAAGUUUUCAUAGUAUCAGUGUCAUCCUAAAAACAGAUGUUGAUAAAAUCAUGCAACUUUAUCAUCAUCCCUACUCAUUGGACAGCCAGAAAGUGAGGCUUACUUUGGAAGAAAAUGGCAUUGAUUACACAUCAUACCGUGUCAAUCCUAUCACGGGCAAGAACAUGGAACCUUCAUUCUUCAGGCUGAAUCCAAGUGCCAAACUUCCUGUUUUUCAGAAUGGUUCCCAUAUCAUCUUCGACACGAUUGACAUAAUGCAGUACAUAGAGAGAAUCGCAGUUUUCACUUUGGGCAGUGAAAAUGUCACCCUUAGCAGCCAAGAAGUUAUUGAAUGGAUGCAGAGGAUACAAGCAUGGGAUCCCAAGUAUUUUACUCUCUUCCACAUCCCUGAAAAAUACCGGUUCACCGUUUCAAAAUUCAUAAGGCGGGUUGUGAUUGCUAGGAUGGCCGAGUCUCCUGAUCUGGCAGGUUCCUACCAUCUUAAGCUAGAUGAGGUAUAUGAGACAGAAGACAAGUUGAGAGACCCGGAUGUUUUGAAACAGAGCAAGGAACAACUAGCUGAAAUUCUUGAUGAAGUGGAAAGAAAGCUGAAUGAAUCAACAUACCUAGCAGGGGAUGAAUUUACCAUGGCAGAUGUUAUGCUCAUUCCAGUGCUGGCCCGAAUAGUGCUCUUGGAUUUAGAAGAAGAGUAUAUUUGUAGCAGGCCAAAUAUUGCUGAAUACUGGAAUCUGGUGCAGCAGAGGCCUAGUUAUAAGAAGGUGAUUGGUAACUACUUCAGCGGCUGGAGAAAGUACAAAACACUGCUAAAAACCUGGUGUUUUGUUCGUGUAAGAAGUAUGCUGAAGAGAUAUUGAUGAAGAACCCAGCAAAGUUGGUUGGAAAUUGGGAAAGGCCGAAUAACUGUAGAUCAAAUAAGUUUAUGAGUUCCAUGGUGUAUAUUAUCGUGCUGUAAAAGAAACUUUUCAUUUCUUCCUCUAUUUUUGAUUGAGGAGAGGGUUUGAAAAUGUAUUCAGAUUGGUUACUAUUUUGAAAAUAGAAAAAGGCACAUUCUUGAGGA